ACAUAACUUUUCUAAGGUUUUGGUGAACUCAGUGGCUAUUAAUGUUUUCAUUUCAAGUUGUGAAAAAAUUGAUUCCUUGAGGACAAAAGUGAUUAUGAGAAAAGUGAUUAUCUUCUCUUCUAGCUAAGAUUUGAACUAUUCACUGAACAAGUUCAAAUCUUGUUCAUUUCAUUGGUAAUUUUACUUUCUUCUUUGUAAGGAAGAGAGAUGGAUAGGAUUCAAGAAGCAGAUGAAAAUGGCAAAUGUUCAGUUAUUGGUUUAGCAAUCAAAGGUAACAAGAAAAGCAAGUAUGUUGUACAAUGGGCACUUGAUAAGUUUGUUGCUGAAGGAGUGCUUAUCUUCAAGCUUAUACAUGUUAGGGCUGUUAUCAAAGGAGUUCCAACACCAAUGGGAGAUGUGCUUCCUCUUUCACAAGUGCGGAACGAUGUAGCAAUGGCUUUCAAAAGGGAAAUCGAGUGGCAAACUAAUCAUAUGCUUCUUCCUUUUAAGAGCUUGUGCGAGCAAAGAAAGGUGCAUGUAGACGUUGUAGUUAUUGAAUCAGAUGAUGUAGUAACUGCGGUAGCAGAGGAAGUAACUAAGGACGCUUUAACCAAACUUGUCGUUGGAGCUUCGUCUUCUGGUAUUUUUAGAAGUAAACAUAAGGGUAUGUCUGCGAGAAUCUCAGUAUGCACUCCAACAUUUUGUACGGUUUACGCUGUUUCAAAGGGAAAAUUGUCCAUACGGCAAUCAGACACGCAGAUUGACGGAAGUAUUACCGAUAACAUGAGUGAAGUCAGUUUUUCCUCGAGCGACUCAUCGAACUUUACUUCCACCACUCAGACAGAUUCUGCCUCGGUUGCAUCAUAUGCUGCCUUACACCCCUCUCCUCUUGCAACACGACGGCUUAAAGCUCUCUCGGGUAUAGAACAAACUCUCCCGAAUUUAAAUCUAACUAAUCAUUCACGAGGCCAGUCUCUAGAUCUAGCGAGAACGAAUGCAGCUACAAGUUCUUCUAAAAACUCGGAUAUUGAUCAUGCGGUAAGUCAGGUCUCUAGUUCCGGAAGCAUUUCAGAUACGGAAUCUUGCUUUUAUGAUCAAAAGUUUGGAGCACAAGUUACUAAAUCGCUAUCGCCAAAUAGACAGGAAAACCUUAACCUUGAGCUGCAAAAGUUGAGAAUUGAACUAAGACAUGCACAGGGAAUGCAUGCAGUAGCUCAAAGUGAGAACACCGAUGCAUCACAAAUGUUGAAUGAAUUAAACAAGAGAAGAUUAGAAGAAUCCAUGAAAAUGAAGGAGAUUAUUGCCAAGGAAGAGAUGGCGAAGGAAUUAGCGAAUCAAGAAAGAGAUAAAUACGAAGCUGCGGCUAGAGAGGCUGAAUAUCUGAAACAAUGUGCUGAACGAGAAGCUGCUGAACGAAAGGGAACAGAGUUGAAAGCUAUCUAUGCUGCCAAAGAGAAAGAAAAACUCGAGGAUGCUCUGAGUGGCUUCACGCCUCAGUACCGAGUGUUUACGUGGGAUGAAAUAGUUUCAGCUACUUCGUCUUUCUCGGAAAAACUGAGAAUCGGAAUGGGAGCAUAUGGAAUGGUGUUCAAGUGCACUUUGCAUCAUACAACUGUUGCGGUUAAAGUUAUCAACUCGAAUGGAAUCCGCAAAAGCAAGCAAUUCGAACAAGAGUUAGAGAUAUUGAGCAGAAUUCGUCAUCCAAACUUGCUUCUUCUUCUUGGCGCAUGUCCUGAUCACGGAUGUCUUGUGUAUGAAUAUAUGGAAAAUGGCAACUUGGAAGAUAAACUACUCCAGAAAAACGGUAAUAGCCAAAUCCCGUGGUUUGUUAGGUUUCGAAUAGCUUGGGAAAUCGCGUCAGCUCUUUCCUUUCUUCACAGCACAAAGCCACAACCUAUCAUUCAUCGUGACUUGAAACCGGCAAACAUCUUGCUUGGUGGUAACCUUGUCAGCAAGAUUGGCGAUGUUGGUCUUUCUACAAUCCUUGAUUCAGAUAACUUAUCUGCCAUGUAUAAGGACACAGCACCUGUUGGAACACUCAGCUACAUUGAUCCUGAGUAUCAAAGGAGUGGUUUAAUAUCUACGAAAUCCGAUGUUUAUGCUUUUGGAUUAGUAAUGUUACAGUUGUUGACAGCAAAACCUGCCAUAGCACUUACUCACAUAGUUGAAACAGCUAUUGAUGAUGGUAAUUUAGCAGAUAUAUUGGAUCCAAAAGCAGGAUCAUGGCCACUACAAGAGACACUGGACAUAGCUCGGUUAGCAUUGAGCUGUGCAGAGAUGCGGCGUAAGGAUCGACCUGAUUUGAAUGAUCACGUGCUUCCAAUACUAGAGAGGUUGAAAGAAGUAGCUGAUAAGGCUCAACAUUCUGCUUCAAUAGUUACUAUAAAAUCCAGACCUCCCAACCAUUUUAUAUGUCCUAUACUUCAGGAUGUGAUGGAUGAUCCUUGUGUUGCUGCAGACGGAUAUACAUACGAUCGCAAAGCAAUUGAAAAGUGGCUUGAAAAUCACGACAAAUCACCGAUGACAAAUAUGGCUUUACCUCAUAAGUAUCUAAUUCCUAAUUACACACUUUUAUCAGCAAUUUUGGAGUGGAAGACCUAAUAAAAUAUGAUAUUGCAUAUUUCAUUAUCUUUCUCAAUGCUAAUAUUUAGUUAAAUGAUUCCUUAUGUAGCUAGACUAACUAAAGAGUUCAACAUGUGAUGAUUACCUGGUUUCAGAUAUUGUGUGUACCAAGCCUGUUGUUUGGUUACAUGAAAAAAUAUUUGAUUUCAAGUGUAAAUUUGAUUCUAUUGUAGGAUUGUGUAUGUACUUUAGGGAUCAUUCAAAGCUGGUCCUUAUCAUAUCAUUGAAGUUUCCAUCAUCUUCUGUUACUUGGAACUCAAGGCACACUGAGCUCGACUAAAACAUAUGUACAAUUAUUUCUCAGGGCUAUAUUCAAAAUGUAUAAUACAAAAUCCAUGACAUAGAUUAUGACACUGCUACAUAUAUAUAUAAAAUAGCUACACAUACAUAUUAAGGUGACUUGCAUUUGAUCCUCAAGAUACAAGAAUUCAC